GAAGCUGAGUAAGAUAAAAUCUUUUGUAAUCUAAAUAUGAUCUUGAUAUAUUUCAUAAAAUUAAUGCAUGGUUUAUUAAAAUGGUUAAUUUAACAGCUAGAUAUUAAGAUCAAUAUUUACAACAGUGGUAGAGCCACGCGGCAGCUUUUGCUGUCGCACGGAUGGCCUGGCUCAAACCGGGGUGGGUACGACGACCUCACAGAAUACCAGCGUGAAGUAGAGGUUUACCUCUGUGUUACGCUUGGUGAGUGCAGGUGGCUGGAGGCCCAAUUCCCCCCCCCCCCCUCGCCCUCCCAUCAACAUGGUAGUGGAAUUAAAUAAAAGACUACACAGGAGGGUACCAGCACCCCUGGAGAAUCCCUCGGUGAACAUCCACGACCAAACUACUCCACUCCUGAGCGUGGGUGCUCAGGCUACCCAGCGUAUUCUGGGGAGCGGGUAGAUGGGGGGGGGGAUGGAAAUUCGCGACUAAUACUGCUCGGGGCAAGCGAAGCAAUCAAGGCACGGCGAAGCCGGCCUUGCUCUUUUUAACCGAGACUCAGGUGUCCUCUCCGGCUGAUAUUUCAUAUCUCUCCUACCCGGGAUACAAAUUUUAACACUCCUUUGCGCCCCGGGUUGGAGUUUGCGUAUACGUCAGAGGGGACAUCUGUUUUCGACGCCUCGGCAGUCUUGCAGGUACGUCCAUCCUAUGGCGGCGCGUAGACAGUGAUAACCAUCCCCGCGUCUAUAGGUGCCUCUAUAUGUCCCAUAGCGGUAAUGCCGACACAGACCGACUCAUCGACCACAUCCAAAUGGCUGCAGACUCCGUGCUACAACAGGUCCCAUCCGCAGAGAUUGUGAUACUCGGUGAUUUUAACGCCCACCACGCUGAAUGGCUUGGUUCCCGUUUAACCGAUCAUGCGGGUAGAUAUGUCUAUGACUUUGCCUUGGCAUAUGGUCUAAAACAACAAACAAACAGAUGUGGAGAAUCAUGUACCUUCCCUGUUGGAACUUUUGCUGACCUCUCAUCUGGACGGAUAUCAGGUCUCCGUUGAUGCCCCUCUGGGCUUCCCUGACCAUAGUCUAAUCCGGAGUACGGUGCUACUCACGCUCCCAUCGCAGUUGCGAUGUGCAGCUUGCCGCCGUGUUUGGCACUUAUAGGUCGGACGAUUGGGAUGGGAUGCGGUCUUUUUUUGCAUCCUACCCUUGGGGGCGGGUUUGCUUCUCGCCAAAACAUCUCAGCAUUAUUGCCGAUUCAAUUGCUGAUGUGGUACUUCAGGCUAUGGAACUUUUUAUUACAACCUCUGUGGUGCCCAUCGAAGGCAGAUCCCAGCCAUUGUUUGGUCGUUCCUGUAAAAUAGCAUCACGCUAUAAGCAGUAGUGCUACCAAGCCUGGGCUGACGCAUCAACGUUCCGGGGUGUUAACACCAGCGCUCUUAGAAAGGGGUAUAAUUCCGCCUCCAGGUCCUUCAAAAGAGACAUUACCAAGGCAAAGUCAGAGCACAUCGGCAGAAUUGGCAAGAAACUAGUUCGCUUCCCUUCGGGAACACGUGCAAUCUGGUCUCUCGCCAAGGAUCCCAAGGGAACAUCUGUCAGCCAUCUCUGCCAUCUCUGCACAGGUUGGACGACUCACUGGCCCAUGAUGCAAAGGAGAAAGCCGAUCUGCUAGGCUCUCUUUUUGUUUCCAACUCGACUCUAGAUGACGGGGGGAACACACCGCCGACCAUCCCGCGGUGUGAGUGCUCCAUGCGGGAAGUGCUUUUUACACAGCGCUUGGUGAGAAAAGAACUCCUCUCCCUGGACGUCAACAAGUCGAGUGGGCCUGAUGGAGUCCCACCUAUUGUGCUGAAGACGUAUGCUCCGGAGUUGGCAACGGUUUUAACGCGUCUUUUUUGGUACUCCUACUCCCUAGGCGUAGUCGCGAACUCAUGGAAGACAGCUUUGGUGCACCCGAUCCCUAAAAAGGCGACUGCUCAGAUCCCUCCAACUACAGGCCUAUCGCUAUCACCUCCAUGUUCUCCAAAGUAAUGGAAACCAUUAUUAACAGCCAGCUCAUGCGGUAUCUUGAGGAUCAGCAACUAAUUAGUGACCGCCAGUAUGGUUUCUGUCGAGGUCGCUCAGCUGGUGAUUUGCUAGGUUACCUAACUCAUAGAUGGGUGGAGGCAGUGGAGUCUAAGGGGAAGGCGUUGGCCGUUAGUUUGGACAUAGCGAAGGCUUUCGAUCGGGUAUGGCACAAAGCGCUUCUUUCGAAGCUGCCUUCCUAUGAGCUUCCCGAGAAAUUGUGCAAUUGGAUCCCCAGUUUUCUUGCAGAUCGUAGCAUCAAGGUCGUAGUAGACGGUGCAUGUUUCGAUUACAAGCCCAUUAACGCUGGUGUUCCACAAGACUGCGUGCUAUCAACAACGCUGUUUCUUCUGCAUAUUAUUGAUAUAUUGCAAAUCAGUAACAUUCAUUUCUAUGCAGAUGACAGCACAGGUGAUGCUUUAUACACCGGCCGUUCCAAUAUUUCUCGGGAAAACUUCGCCGAGUACCGCGACUAAAUCUAGUCCAGUUCAUUCCCCAGAAGACACGAGUUUUCGCGUUUACCGCUAAAAAGUUUCAUGGCACUCCCCUUGUUGCCUCAGCCAGUGUCGGAAUCCUCGGUGUGAACGUAUCAAGUGACGUGUAGUUUCGUGGUCACUUGGAAGGGGAGGCCAAAUUGGCCUCUAAAAAGCUUGGCGUGCUGAGCAGGGCGGGAUAGUAUUUCAUGCCAGCACGCCGAUUGCAACUUCAUAAGGCGCAGGUUCGGCCUCACAUGGAAUUCUGUUCCCAGUUCUGGGCAGGGGCUCCCCAGUUCCAGCUCCUUCCAAUUGACCGUAUCCGGCGCAGAGCAGUUCGAAUCGUCGACUACCGAGUUCUUUCCGAUCGGCUUGACUCACUGGCACUGCGUAGAGAUGUUGCAUCUCUUUGCGUAUUUUAUCGCAUCUAUCACGGGGAGUGCUCUGAAGAAUUGUUCGGUCUAAUUUCAGCCGCUCAAUUUCACCAUCGCAUAUCGCGACAAAACUCACGAUACCAUCCAUAUCAUCUGGAUGAUUGGCGGUCCACCACUGUGCGAUUUAGAAUAAGUUUUCUCCCUCACACAACUUCCUUGUGGAAUCGAUUACCACCAGCGAUUUUUCCGGACUGAUACAACUUAGGGACCUUCAAGAAAAGAGCCUACUCCUUUUUAAAAUGCCGGCAACGCAUCUGCAAUUCCCCUGGUGUUGCAUUUGUUCAUAGGCGGCGGUAGUCACUGACCAUCAGGUGUGCCGCAUGCUCAUUUGCCCCCUCUCCAUUAAAAAAAUUAACUUAGUAGCAAUUGUUUUAGUAGAAUUACAAUUUCACAUUUAACGUUUCGUUUAACGUUAACGUUUAACGUUAGGUUUUACGUUAGGUUUUUAACGUAUAUAUUUUGGCUACCUGAAAGCCGAUCCUUUAACGUAAAUUGAGUGCUAUUAUCUGCUACAAAAUCGCGUUAAUAGCUGAUUUAAUUUUUCAACGGUUAUUUAAAUAGAAAAAAUUUACAACAAAAGCAUUUUUUUAACCAUAAAACCCAAAAACCAAAUGCUCACUUUAUCCCCUAAAUUUGUAUUUUUUUAUAACUUGCAAACAUUAUUACAUCAUAUUAUUUCCAAUGUAUAAAAUACGUAAAAUAUUCUAUGUUAUUUUUCAGAGAAUUAUACACUUACAGCUGGGCGGACAUGUUUGUUCUUGAUUUAUGGUAUCCACCGUCAUCCAAUGUGGGGAGAUGACGCUGUAGAAUUCAAACCAGAACGAUGGCUAGAUACUGCGACUUUACCUUCUUGCCCCACUGUUUUUGCUGCUUUUAGCAUGGGAAAGAGAGUUUGUAUCGGAAAACAAUUCGCUUUAAUGUCGAUGAAGACUACACUAUCUCACGUACUACGGCAUUAUCGCGUGAAAGGAGAUCAUACCAAGAUAAGGUUGAAGCUGGAUGUUGUGCUGAAAUCAGUAUGUGGUCACAACAUUUCUAUAGAGAGGAGAAAAUAAUGAGAAAAAAUUACAAAGAAACGUUUUGUUUAAGGCUAAAAAACACUAAAAAAAUUGACAUGAAAUAAAGUUUUUUAAAAAAAACAUAAAAGAUUGUACAUUUU